ACAUCCCCGUGCAACUGUAAACAUUUAUAAACCAACAUGGUGGUAUGACGUCAGCCACGACGUGUCAAACACAGUCCUGCUGCUUCUGUUAUAUGUUUUAAUCCUCACGUCUCGGUGGAAAAGGCUCCUGCGCGCAAUGCAUCAUGGGAUUUGUGGUUCUUGACCAGGGAGUCGCUUUAUUCGGGGCUGGUUUGGUGUGUGCGGACGUGUGCGUGUUUCUCCUGCGGUGGUUCAUCACGCAGAGCUGAUGAUUUAAACACUCGGAUUAUCCCUGAGACAGCGCUGAUAGUCACAGACAGUGUGUACAACGGGUUAGUGUUAAAUACAUGCAGCAGCAGCACAGGUGCACUGUGGUGAAAUCCUAAAGUACCUGGAGCCACACACACACACACACUUCUCCAGCUCCAGCAUGAACACACACCUCAGAACAUCAGAGAGAAGAUUGGAUGCUCUACCUGGUGUGUCUGAUUGACAGAUCCCAUACUGAGAGGUUCAGAGUGUGUGUGUAAGAUGGAUUGGAUGCGGGACUGGGUGCAGGCUGUGCGUGAGUGUGAGGGCGGGGCUUUAGGGACGGUGCUCUGUUUAGCUCUGCUCUUUAUCUGGUACUGUUACCGUGUGGGUUGUGAAAAUGCCUCCUACACGCCCGAGUCUCGCUCCAGCCCACCCGAACUCUCAUCCACAAAACUCCGCCCUACACUGGGUGGAGUCAGAACAGGGGGCGGGACCAAUGAGGAGGAGUUGAAUGGCUUUGCGUACUGUCAGUCUCCCGAGUGUUUCCGCUGCUCGCGGCCUGGUGACGGGUUUAACCAACGACUUUACCACAACCUACAGGACUACGCUAAACGCUACACGUGGGCAGGUAUGGGGCGUGUGCAUAAAGGUGUGCGUGAACAGGACCGCUAUCGUCUGUGCAAUCGUCCGUCCAUCCAGAAGGCGGAGGUGUUUUUCCUGCCUGAUCUGCCAUCGGCUCCGUUUUUCUCCCGUGACGCGCAGAAGCACGACGUGGAGCUUUUAGAGAGAAGUUUUCCUGCUCUGUUGGCUGAGUUUGAGAGUGUGUACCGUACGCCGCCGCCCCUCGCACCCGGGUGGAAGACUAACAGCACGCCGCGGGGACACUGGUGGACCUUCUACCUGGUGAACCAGGGCACAACGCUGGCGCUGAACGCUCGCCGCUGCCCGCGCACGUGGAGGGUCCUGGGACAACUACGCACCUUCAUCGCCAACAACGUGUUCGGAAAUGCCUGCUUCUCCGUCCUCAGCCCCGGAGCUGCCAUCACCGAGCACUACGGACCCACCAACGUCCGGCUGCGCUGCCACCUGGGGCUGAAGGUUCCUCCUCACUGUGAGCUGGUGGUAGGUGGGGAGCCUCAGUGUUGGUCUGAGGGAAACUGCCUGCUGUUUGAUGACUCGUUCCUUCACACAGCCUUUCAUGAUGGAAGUCUAGAAGACGGACCUCGUGUCGUGUUCAUGGUGGAUUUGUGGCAUCCGAACGUGGCAGCGGCUGAGAGACAGGCGCUCGACUACAUCUUCACUCCGGGACGCUGAGACGGAGCGAGAGAUGGAGAUAGAGAGCGAUGGAUGUAUGGAGAAAGAGACGGAUGGAACGAGGGAUGGAGAGAGAUACAGAUAGAUGAGUAAUAACAGUGAAGUGAAGCUGAUAACUUAGACAUUUUACUGUACAUAAGUGUUUCCUUAUGGAGUGUCACAGUUCAGUCUCUCCUGACAUGAGAGAGAGAGAAAGAGAGAGGGAUGGACAGAGUCAGUGAUGGACAGAGAGACAGAGGAGAGAGGAAUAAGAUCAUAAGAGGGAUGAGUCACAGAGCAGUGAGACAGAACUUGAAAAGUGGAAUGACAUUUUUAUGUACAUAGAUUUUCACAAAUCAGCUUCUAUAAGAAAAGAACAAAUUGAGAAGAAGGAGAGAGGGAUGGAGAGAGGGAUGGAGAGAGGGAUGAGAGAGGGAUGGAUUGAUCUAUAGAUAGAAUGCAAACAUCUUAAAGCACAUUUUUUUUGCCUAUUUGGAUUUCGUGAUGUGUCGAAAACGAGUAACAGUGCAGAGAGGUGGACAAACCAAACAACACAUUUUUAUGGACAGAUUUUUACGUUCACUCUCGUCAAAAGAAGGAGAGAGGGAGAGAGAGAAUCUGAGAGAAAUCAUUAGAUGGAAAAAGUGGAAGUGUGAGCAGAAAUGUUUACUGAUGAUGCCUCAUGGUCCCGUUGAUAAAGGUAGAAGUGGAUAGACAGAAAGAGGAGGGGAUGAAGAACAGGAUCUGUCAGAGGACAGACAGUGGAGCUGGACAUCAGGACACAAUUAAACACACGGAGCUCACACACAAGAGAGAAAGCAUCAUCACUCGUUUACUGCUUUUAUCUUCAGCAAACACUUUAUGUUUAAAUGAAUAAUGUGUCCACUCAUAGAGAUAUUUAAAACAAUCUGUAUAAAAGAUUUCCCUUCAGCACAAAAAAUGGUUUUGAAAAUCUCUGUUCACAUAAAACCCAGACGUGAUUUAAAAAAUAAACUGUUUCAUCAGAACCUAAAGGAGAACAUUAGAACAUGACCAAAUAAAAAACAUACACCUAUGAUACAGUGAGGCUGAGGAGGAACUAAUGUGUUCUACUGAGAAAUCAAACUGAAAACACCUUAAAUAAGAACAGAAGAGUCAGAAAACCUUCAUAACACCUUCAUAACAUGUUCAUAACACCUUCAUAAUAUGUUCAUAACACCUUAAUGACAUGUUCAUAACACCUUCAUAACAUGUUCAUAGCACCUUAAUGACAUGUUCAUAACACCAUCAUAACAUGUUCCUAACACCUUAAUGCCAUGUUCAUAACACCUUCAUAAUAUGUUCAUAACACCUUAAUGACAUGUUCAUAACACCUUCAUAAUGUGUUCAUAACACCUUAAUGACAUGUUCAUAACACCUUCAUAAUGUGUUCAUAACACCUUAAUGACAUGUUCAUAACACCUUCAUAAUAUGUUCAUAACACCUUAAUGACAUGUUCAUAACACCUUCAUAACAUGUUCAUAACACCUUAAUGACAUGUUCAUAACACCUUCAUAACAUGUUCAUAGCACCUUAAUGACAUGUUCAUAACACCUUCAUAACAUGUUCAUAACGUGUUCAUAACACCUCGAGUGAACAAGUUCAGGUUCGCUCUGUGAAGCUUAUAAAAAAUCCACCUUUUCAUUCUGCUGUCUCUGUGAACAGACGAUCAAAACCCAGAGAAAAGACUACAUCUGUGUACGUGUGAGCAAGUAUUCAAAAUAUUCAACUGUAUUAGACAUGAUAAAUAAUCUAAUAAUAGAUAACUAACUGUGUCACUGCAGUAAAACCAACUAACAAACAAUUCCACAUGCAGCCACAGAAAACCACUGAAGUGAAGAACAUGAAGGGUUUAGUGUUCCGAUAAAGAUGACUGGGGACCAUGAGGAAAAAGAGAGAAGCAGAGAGAUACAGAGAGAGAGACAGAGACAGAGAGAGAGAGAGAGAGACAGAGAGAGAGAGAGACAGAGAGAGAGAGAGAGAGAGAGACAGAGAGAGACAGAGAGAGAGACAGAGAGAGAGAGAGAGAGACAGACAGAGAGAGAGACAGAGAGAGAGAGAGACAGACAGAGAGAGAGAGAGACAGAGAGAGAGAGACAGAGGAAGAGAUGGAGAGAGAUGUCUGAGGUGAACAAUAUUUCUUGCACAUGUUCUGUAUAUAAAUGUUUACAGAUCAGAUCCAGUCUAAGUGUUUAUUACAGGUACAGGACAGGGUGUACAAACUUAUGAAAUUGUGAGCAUUAACGCUGCACGUUUUUCAACACUCUGGCGUGUGACUGAAUAUAAAGUGUACAUAUAUCUGAAAAAAAUAUAAAGUGUAUUUUUCUCUGUGUCAUGAAGAAAGUAAACAAACGGCACAGUGACAGAUGUUAAUGACGCGUUAAUGAAGUUCUUAAAGUGUUUAUAACGUGUUUAUACAGCGGUGGGUGUCAUUUAAAGACUGUGUUAUAAUUCUAGAUUUAACACUUGCUCCACUUCCCUUUGGCGCCAUCCAAAAUCACACACUAUAUUCUUGCACACUUGAUUAUUUACACAAAAUAAUUACUGAACACAAUUUAGACUUGUCCACAAUUAGCACAAAAGCUAGUCAGUGUGCUAGUUGUUUAGCUAGCUGUUCAAAUGUACAAAUACCUUUGGUCACUUUAAAUACAUUUCCUAAUAAUAAUAAUAAUGUUAGAUUUAGCAGUUAGCUGCCAUGCUAGUUGAACUAGUGAGGUCCAGUAGGGAAGUGGACAAACGUCAUUGAAACAUGGGAGCAGAUUGUGAAAGAAAUCAUGCGCUAAAGCAUGAGCAACAAUCAUAACCUGCUUUUUAACUUUCUUAUUAAUAAAAUACUCGCAUUAUUUUAGCGUCAGUUUCAGGCGCUUCGUAUUUCUAAUCGUGUUCACAUAAAACUCACUGUGGAAAGACGACGCUUAGAACAAACAGGAUGUUAUUAUGGGUCACAGACUGGCUAAUGACUGAGGCUAGUCAGUUAGCAUUGACCUCGGAUCUAUCGGUAAACUGUCUGAUAAAGACGUCUUGUGGCUAAAACUGCACUGUAAUUAUACUUAGCAUCCACCUCUAACAGGAUUGAUGUAAUCCGCCUUAUAUAUAAAACCCUUAAACAGCUGUGUGCUGUGAUACAGAUAGUGAUGAAGUUGUGAACGCUGCACCAUGUGAAUCUUCUCGUGAACAUCGUGACACGCGACUGUAUUUGAACGCAGCACAUCUUGUACAGAAGCACAUUUUAAAGUUUACAGUAAAGAUAUAAACAAAAACAAGUUUCAGCUCAUUUCAGACGCUUCAGUAGUUUAAUGGCUUCGUUCUGUGCUACUCCUACAUUCCUUUUAUGAGAACCCGAGCCGAUCGGGACGCGUCGUAUCGUAAUCGGUGGCUUUUUUCUAGCGUCAAGUGAUUUUUGCAACCGACUGUGUGACGGAUUAAUGCCAUGUUCUGAAAUUCUGUGUUUCCUAGAUGUGAUUUUUGCUACGGCUGAGUGAUGAUGUGUGUUUAAUAAAGAGCCGGUUGUACAAA